CCGAGACUCUUUCUCACCCACAACACAUCUUCAAAGUCCAGUUCCAAGUCAAUCUCGUAGCUUGACGCCAGCAGACUUGAGCGUGAAACUCUUUCUUUGAUUGUCCUUUCGUUCGCUUACACUCUUCUCGAGUGAUCUCACCGCUGAUUUCGCGGCUCCUCCAUUCUCCCAUUAGCCUGCCACGCCCUGCCUCACCCUCCUGUUCAGCCACUUGCUUGUCCUCCCGCCAUCUCCUUCGCCAUCGCCAUCGUCAGAUCACUCAUAUCGUCAACCUCUGGUUGUCUGAGUUAAGUCCACAGUUGCUCUGCAUCCGUUGUCCUGCUUGCGGGGAUCGGAGUACGGCAAACUGCCCUGAUUCAAAGCGUUCCUUGCAUCACCCAAACCUAUCUGUCCAUCCACCUACCCACCCAUCCACCUUCCACCUCUCUUCCUCCACGGCCUGUUCCUUGACCGUCUAUCUCAUCACAUCAUACGUUUGAACACGCGCUCCACUCCACCCACAAUCUCUGAGCCUUUUCCCGCGUCUCUUCGACUUCCUCAAAAAGCACAUAAACAUCUCCAUUCCACCAACACUCCAGCCUAUCCUUCUACACCACCCGCCCUCCUCCUCGCAUUUGGACUUUGGCAAUCCCCCUUCCUAGCACCAGCACCAGCCCGUUUUCCUUGGACGCACUGGUGUACAUAAUCUCAAGAUCAAUAAUCAAAGAUACCAUUGAACAAAAUACAUCUCUGCACACGUGACUGGACGUCACGCGACAUGUCUGCCUCACCCACGUCAACCACCGCCAUGUCUUCUGCUAAGCGGCCCUUGGAAGACCCUUCAUCUCCCUCAGCCCCAACUGACCUGCCAGACGCGAAACGACCAGCUCUGAACAAGGCCGCACAAGAAGAGCCCGCCUCCCACACCCUGGAGUCGGCCACUUCUUCCGGUGUCCCAGCUGCGACUGCAACUACCCUGCCGCCUCCUCCGACGACCAAUGGCGCCGCUGAAGCCCACUCGGAUGUCCCGUCCUCCGCCACGGCUCAUUCGUCUGUGCAGCCGUCCGUUCCUGAAACCCAGCCCAUCCUCUCCACCGCCUCCGAAAACGAACGAGCAACCUCCGAGUCCCAUGGCCUCCCCGUUCAGGACGAAACCAAUUGGAUUCAUAUUCGCGCCGUAAUCUCCAGCGCCGAGGCCGCCACCUGUAUUGGCAAGGGCGGUGAAAAUGUAACUCAGAUUCGCAAGCUUUCUGGUGCGAAAUGCACCGUCAGCGACUACUCACGUGGCGCUGUUGAGAGGAUCCUAACCGUCAGCGGUGCCCAGGACGCGGUUGCCAAGGCUUUUGGUUUGAUCAUUCGUACAUUAAACAACGAACCCUUGGAGGCACCAUCGACGGCACAGUCCAAGACAUAUCCUCUACGACUUCUCAUCCCCCACAUUCUCAUCGGCUCGAUCAUCGGCAAAUCGGGGGUGCGUAUUCGUGAGAUCCAAGAAGCUUCUGGCGCACGUCUCAAUGCUUCAGACUCUUGCUUGCCACUGUCGACAGAGCGCUCUUUGGUGGUGCUCGGUGUUGCAGAUGCGGUCCAUAUCGCCACAUAUUACGUCGCGGUGACUCUGGUCGAGCAGUUGACGGAGCGGUUUGGAGGCCCAGCCGCCUCGGCCUAUGCCACCAGGAGUGGAGGACCUGCUGGUGUUGUCCCAGGGGGCAUGCAAGUCGUUCCAUAUGUGCCACAACCUGCAGGAGGUCAAUUUGGCCAUCCAGAUUCCUACAAGCGACACAACACCGCCCCACCGCAAAGAAUGCCUCCUCAGCCAUUCGUUGGUGCGCCUGCUCCUGGUCCUGCUCAACAAGUCUACCCUCAUCAUGCACAAGCAUAUGCAGCCACACCUCGAACGCCGAGUUACGGUGGACCAGUGCCACAGCCAGGAGCAUACGGGGGCCAGCCAACUCCUCAACCCGGUCCACAUGGGCAACCUGGGCAGCCGCCCCAGUCAAUGCCUGGACAGCCCAUCACCCAGCAGAUCUACAUUCCCAACGACAUGGUGGGUGCCAUCAUUGGUAAGGGAGGGGCCAAGAUCAAUGAAAUCCGCCAUCUCAGCGGCAGUGUGAUCAAGAUCAAUGAGCCUCAGGACAACAGCAAUGAGCGACUGGUCACCAUUACUGGCACCCAGGAAUGCAACCAGAUGGCGCUGUACAUGCUCUAUUCAAGGCUCGGUGAGUCCUGAUCCUAACUUGGCUUCCCGUGCUUCAUAGCAGCUUUGUUGUCUAACUUGAUACAGAGAGUGAAAAACACCGAAUUUGAACAAUGGACCAUGGCCGGGACCGAUAAUGCCCAGUUCAAAACUCCUCGUCGCUAUUCCGUGAGCUCCCUCGUAGAAUUGAGACUAUAGGGCAAGAGUCGAUGGGCAUUGAUACCUAGGCAGUUGAGCCCAAGGUUGGAAAGACACGGCACCGUGGGACACAGGUCCAUGCCUCUUGAAAGUGCAGAAGGCAGGCAAUUUGAUUCCCUCCAGUGACGAGGCAUGAAGGCUAUCUCCCCACAAACGGGGAGCUUCGCUGUGACGGUUUAGAGGGAAGGCCGAGAAAGUCGCGAGAAGCUGAAAACAGCGGCGGCAAUGUUGAGUGAUGGAAGACGCGACGGCAAGAUAGAUGGUCAUCCAACGAGACAUAUUGUAUGACAAUAAUAAUUAGGUGUCGUGAACACGACUCACGUGGAAAUGUGUGUAAA